AUGAGGUUAACGCUAGUGCUUUUUUUAUUCUUUCUUUUUUACAACAAUGCUACUGCUAAAGCAGUUCUAGAUAAAAAAAUAUUUUACACGGAGCUAAAUGGGAAUAUUGAUUUGAAAUUUGGUUAUGCUUUUAACCAGAGUACUUUCGGAGAUAAAUCCAGGGAAAAAGUGUCAAGUUGUUCAAGUUUAAGUCUUCAUUACUUGCAAAGCGUCCAUCCAAGCACCCAAAUAGGUUUUUUUGUUAGAGUAGACUCUCCAGACGUCAUAAGCUCACGUACCCUCGAUAUAAAAGAAUUAGAUAUAGGACAAGGAUAUUUUAUUAUAAAAAACAAAGGACUUGGAUCGAUAGAAUAUGGUCGCAAGGACUUAGUUAGUCAUGAUAUGCUAAUCAACACUUCAAAAAUUUGCGCUGCUGCUGGCGGAGUAAAUGGUGAUUGGGCAAAUUAUGCAAAUUUGCGUGGCGAGCAUAAAAAGUCUGAAGGUGCCGGAUAUGAUAAAGAUAUUAUCUUUUGGGUAAAACCUAAUAUCUAUAGUGAUUAUAGCGGAUUAAAGUGCAAGUCAGGUGCAUCAGUGAUUAGUUACAUUUCUCCUGAAAUUUAUAACUUCCAGUUUGGAAUUAGCUACGUUCCCAGAGAGGAUAAUUUUUAUUACAGCAAUCUGAUUGGUGCAGGUCUUUCUUACAGGGGUAGUCUUUCAGAAGAUAUAAGUUUUAUUGCUGCUGCAACUGGUGAAUUUGCAAGACAGAAUUACACCGAUAAAAAAGAGUCUCUAAGUAAUCCUAAUUGCAACAAUCAACUGAGACAUUGGAACUUGGGAGUAAAUAUAAAAUGCUUUAAUUUUAACUAUGUUUUCUCGCAUGGAAGUGGUGGAAAUUCAGGUAGAAGAGUUGGUGUCGUACCAGGAGAAGAAAAAAAAGGAGAGGUAAAGAAUACACAUUAUAUCAAUGCAGGAAUUGCAUAUCACUCUGAUUUUAGCAAGCUAAGCUUCACUUAUUUUACUAGUGGCAGAGAGAUAGCUAACCUAGAUGCGAAUGAGUUAUCAGCAUAUGCUGUCAGUCUUGAAUAUCCUUUAUUCAUGGGUACUUCAUACUAUUUUGAUGCUAUAAAAUUUUAUACUAAAGAACCUAAGGCACGGAGUAAUAACUCUGGUUAUGUAUUUUUAGCUGGAUUAAAACUUAACUUUUGUCCAGCUUCCAUUCUGGCCUAA